AUGCUACUCUUGAAGAAUCUGAGCAAGGCUGACAGCGACAACGACGGGGAGGCCUUGGGGCGAGGCAUGAUACCCACGCUUCUUGACGCUUUUUGCGUCGACGGUCCUAACGGCAGCCAUGCAUGCCUAGUCGCUGACGUUGCACGAUGCAGCGUAAUCGAAGCAAAGCGCAGGGGGUCCUACGCGCCUCUACUGCUGCCCGUUGCACGUGCGAUCGCUGCUCAACUGAUCCUCGCUGUUGCAUACCUGCACGGGAAGGGCUUUGUCCACGGUGACCUUCACCUCGGCAACGUCCUGUUCAGACUGCCGCAGGAAUUCCAGCUCUGGUCUGACGAGGAGCUAUCGUCGCGCUGCGGAGAGCCCGAACUCGAGCCGGUACAGACAUUCGACGAUAAGCCCAUCCCGCCGGGGGUCCCCUCCGUCGCCACUUUGCCUAUCUGGUUCCCGAUGGGGAGAAUCAACAAGUUGCCGCUGGCGGACGCCCACAUUGUUCUCGCUGACUUCGGCGAGCUGUACCGCCCGUCGCAAGAGUCGAGGUUCGAGUGCUGCACGCCGGUCCACUCUCGCCCACCAGAGCACAGAUUCGAGCCAGGGAAGCCAAAGUCGUUCCCUAGCGACAUCUGGACCCUCGCGUGUACCGUUUGGGCCAUUCUUGCGCAGCGGUCGCUGUUCGAGGGUUUCUGGGGGACCGAAGACACCGUGACGUGGAUGCAGGUUCAAGCGCUCGGAAAGCUGCCCGAGGAGUGGUGGGGGACAUGGGAUGCGCGCUCCGAGGACUUUACCGAAGAUGGCGAGCCCCUCUGA